UUAAUUACUUUUGAUAUACUUAAAACUGAUUUAAUUUAUUAAAUAAUUUUACACAAAAAAUGAACUUUAUAUUUUAUAUUUGCUAUUUCAUAGCAAGUAAUGGUUGGUACAUAUUAAUAACAUCAGUACUUCUAAUUUACGUUUAUGUAAAUUAUUUAAGAGAUGCACUUGAUAAUUAUUCACAACAUCGAGCUGAAAACCAAUACUUAAAUAAAGUUAAAAAUAAUCCAGAUCUAUUUCGUGAGAAAGCGUUAGCUAUGGAGGAAGCAAGAUUAAAAAUGCAAGAUAAGUAUGCACUUGAAGCAGAAAAGUAUAAAGAAAAACAACAAUUACUUGAACAACUAAAACAAGAUAAAAAAAGGCGAACAUACGUGUGUGAAUGUGAGACAAAAAUUGGAUAUUUAAACUAAUGAUUAUAAAUAAUACUGUAAUGGGAGCUGGUUCAUCGAAUGAAUAUCGACACCCAAAAAGAUCUUUAUAAUUAAUAAAAUAAUGAGUAUUGAUAGAGAUGAUUUGCUUACUAA